GAACAACACCUCUCUCUCUCUCUCUCUCUCUCUCUCUCUCUCUCAGAUCUGAAACAGAGGCAGUUGUGGAUUCAUAUACUCAAUACUUGCAUAAAUAUAAUCAUGUCCGGAGACGACUUUGAUCUGAAACCCAAACCCAAACCGGUGGUGGUCCGAGAAGUCUGGUCGAGCAAUCUCGAGUCCGAGUUCGAUCUGAUCCGAGACCUAAUCGAUCGAUACCCUUACAUAUCCAUGGACACGGAAUUCCCAGGCGUGGUGUUCAGACCCACCACCGCGAACGACAACCGCAUGCGGCGGCUCCUCCCGUCGGACCACUACAAGCUCUUGAAAUCAAACGUCGACGCUUUGAAUCUCAUCCAGCUCGGUCUCACUCUCACCGACGCAGCCGGAAACCUCCCGGACCUCGGCUCCGGCGAGAGCGGCUUCAUUUGGGAGUUCAAUUUCCGUGACUUCGACGUCGCGCGUGACCCCCACGCGCCGGACUCCGUCGAGCUCCUCCGUAGCCAGGGCAUCGAUUUCGACCGGAACCAGUCCGAUGGAAUCGACUCGGCCCAGUUCGCCGAGUUGAUGAUGUCUUCGGCUCUCGUGUGCAAUGACUCAGUGAGUUGGGUGACGUUUCACAGCGCGUAUGACUUUGGAUACCUCGUCAAGAUCCUCACGCGCCGCCAGUUGCCGAGUGGACUCGAGGACUUUUUGGGAAUUUUAAAAAUAUUUUUUGGAGACAACGUUUACGAUGUGAAGCAUUUGAUGAGAUUUUGUCACAGCUUGUACGGUGGGUUGGACCGGGUUGCGAGAACGCUAGAGGUGGAACGGGCGGUCGGGAAAUGCCACCAGGCCGGUUCGGAUAGUUUGUUGACGUGGCAUGCGUUUCAGAAGAUGAAAGACAUCUACUUCGUAAAAGAUGGACCGGAAAAGUAUGCCGGUGUUUUGUAUGGAUUAGAGGCUUUCUAGAAAUUAAUAAAAAUUUGGAGUUGAUAUAAUUAAUUCUUUGUAAAUUAAGUUGGGCAGUUUACUAAAUUAAUUGAUACAUUAAUUAGUGCAAGCAACAUUAUUUUUACUAAA